CAGGUGUAAAACUUUCCCGCGUCUUCCUCUUUCAUCGAAGCCGCGGUGAGUGACAUCAGCGCGCACUGCGCUCGUGCUUCCUGACAACUCCGGGAUUUACAGGGGAUUUUAUGCACCAUCGUUUUAAUAAUCGCCGACGAUUUACAAGAGACACGACAAUCCGCCUGGCAAAGAAACCAAUCUUUCUCUCUCACACACACACACACACAGACACAUAUUGUUGCUGUGCUCUCUCUCUCUUUCACACACACACACACACACACACACACACUCGCUGCAGGCCGGCUGAUCCCGCGGCUUUACGGGUUUAUACUGCUCAGGAAACUCUGUUGCAUUUGGGAUUACACAAAUACCCCUGGACAAUAGGUGUCUCUCUGGAGCUUAACCAUGAUGUCAUACCUCAAACAGGGCCCUUAUGCCAUGAACGGGCUGGGGCUCAACGGGGCAACCAUGGACCUCCUCCAUCCCUCUGUGGGAUAUCCGGCACAUCAUCGUAAACAGAGAAGAGAGAGAACAACGUUCACUCGCACUCAGCUGGACAUACUGGAGAAUCUGUUCGCCAAGACACGCUACCCAGACAUUUUCAUGCGUGAGGAGGUUGCUCUGAAAAUCAAUUUACCUGAGUCAAGAGUGCAGGUUUGGUUUAAAAACAGACGGGCAAAGUGUCGUCAGCAGCAGCAGAGCAGCAGCAGUUCCAAGAUCCGUCCGGCGAAGAAGAAAUCCUCUCCAUCCCGCGAGAGCCCGGGGUCAGAGAGCAGCGGCCACUUUACUCCUCCUGCCGUCUCCAGUAACACCUCAUCGUCCUCAUCUUCGUCCUCGGGCUCCAACCCCUCUGGUCUUAGCGGAGUGGGCCUGAUAAGCAGCUCUUCCUCAGGAACAACACCUGUCUCGUCCAUCUGGAGUCCCGCUCCGGUCUCUCCGCUCCCCGCUCCCUCUUCGCUCCCAGACAUCUCCCCCCCGGCCAGUGCGUCCUGCAUGCAGAGGGCCAUCUCGGGCGGCGGGGGCACCACAGGAGUGCCGUCGUACCCUAUGCCCUACAACCAGGCUCCAAGCUAUGCCCAGGGCUACCCAACCUCAAAUGCUACCUCUUAUUUCGGUGGCAUGGACUGCGGAUCCUAUUUGGCCCCGAUGCCUGGCCACGCCCACCAUCACCCACACACCCAUCACACACAGCUGAGCACCGCCACGGUGUCAGGACACCACCCUCACCAUAUCGGGCAGAGUGGGGGACACCCGCACCACCCUCACCAGGGGUACAGCAGCGCAGGACUGCCAUUCAGCUCCUCGGACUGUCUGGAUUACAAAGAUUAUAAAGAUCAGGCUGCCGUGGCUUCAUCAUGGAAACUGAACUUCAGUCCAGCAGCGGCUGACUGCUUGGACUACAAAGACCAGGCCGCCUGGCGCUUUCAGGUUUUGUAAGGACUAUUCAUGUUGUUUCCUGAUGUUUACUUGUUUGUUUUACUGUGGAGAAAGCCACCACAGGGAAGAAGUAGUGACUUUUGUGCCAACUUUUCCCACUUUUUGGGUGAAGAGCCGUAGGAACAAGGGUUCAUGAACCAAGCGAGACGUGCCCUCGGUGGACAGAUUAAAAAGCGAAGGUCAAAUUUGUCGCACUCCCGACAGGACGCACUGAACAAAUGAGACAUGUGAUGUUUGAAACAAUGAAGGCAAUAAUAAUUUUAUAUUAUUUUCUCUACAGAGGUGAAUGUGACUUAUGCCUUACAGCUUGUGUGAGAUGUUAAAAACUAAUUUGCAUUCAUGUUCAUUUAAUAAAUAUAAGCUUAAAUUUGAGACAAACUGUUUUUCAUUCUCUUUUUGACUUCUGAUGUAACAUUAUGGGGCUUGUAUGUGAAAAACAACAGUUUCAAAACCACUAUAAAUUUUUUGAACAAAAUUGUUUAAAAUUCAAUAAAUCUUCUUUCAUUGCAAGUUACUAAAUUUUGACUAUUCAAAAACAAAAUCUUGUUCAGUAAUGAAGAUUUUACUUUCAAAUCUA